GGAGCCUGCUUCAGAUUCUGUGUGUCCCUUUCUUUCUGCCCCUCUCCUUCUCAUGCUGUCUUUCUCAAAAAUAAAUAAACAAUAAAAAAAUAUAUGUUACCAAUUUACUACCAUUGAAGUCACAGCCAACAGCAUUAUUAGUCAACCUGAACGAAGCUUAUCAGACUCACAUGUCUUCUCCAUAGGGCACAUGGCAGCCUUCUUGUACAUAGGAACGCUAGCCAGCGCUGCAGCACUGCUCUUGGGGCCAUUUUAAACUGCGAAAUCAGUAACAAAAAGCAUAAAAUUGCGAAAAAAGUGGCACUGAAUAGACGGUGAAAAGGACACUUGAGUACACUGUGAGAGCUGGAGCCGGAAAGCAGAGUACAGCCUUGGUCGACCUCAGUGUGCUGAGGACUUAGAGAAAGACAACCAUCCCCACCCUCGUGGAGUCUGACGUAUGGUGGAGGCCGAUCAUUCAUGGGAGAUGGAGGGGUCAGAUAUGUAAAGCACGGGGACCUGUUGGAGCUCAGAGGUCCAACGGGCGCUCCUCCAAGCGGAGCCUUGGAGGGCAAGGCCGGCACCAUUACCUCCAACGAGUGGAGCCCUCCUAACUCCCCUGAGGGGAGCAACGUCUCUGGGGGCAGCCAGGCAUUGGACAAGCCCAUCGACAAUGAUGCAGAGGGUGUAUGGAGUCCGGACAUCGAGCAGAGCUUCCAGGAGGCCCUGGCCAUCUACCCGCCUUGCGGCCGCCGCAAAAUCAUCCUCUCGGAUGAGGGCAAGAUGUACGGUCGGAAUGAGCUGAUUGCCCGCUACAUCAAGCUCCGGACAGGCAAGACCCGCACCAGGAAGCAGGUCUCCAGCCACAUCCAGGUGCUGGCCCGUCGCAAAGCCCGCGAGAUCCAGGCCAAGCUAAAGGACCAGGCAGCUAAGGACAAGGCCCUGCAGAGCAUGGCUCCCAUGUCGCCCGCCCAGGCCAUCUCCGCCACAGCCUUCCACAGUAAAAUGGCCCUCGCCCGGGGCCCAGGCCACCCAGCAGUCUCAGGGUUUUGGCAAGGAGCUUUGCCGGGCCAAGCUGGAACAUCCCAUGAUGUGAAACCUUUCUCUCAACAAACCUACGCUGUCCAGACUUCGCUGCCUCUGCCAGAGGCUGAGAUGUGGACCCGUCCCCAUGUGCCUUUCCUGCUGCAUGCAGGGUUUGAGUCUCCUGCAGGACCCGCCCCAUCGCCCUCAGCGCCCCCGGCACCCCCAUGGCAGGGCCGCAGUGUGGCCAGCUCCAAGCUCUGGAUGUUGGAGUUCUCUGCCUUCCUGGAGCAGCAGCAGGACCCUGAUACGUAUAACAAGCACCUGUUUGUACACAUUGGCCAGUCAAGCCCAAGCUACAGUGACCCCUACCUCGAAGCCGUGGACAUCCGCCAGAUCUAUGACAAAUUCCCAGAGAAAAAGGGGGGACUCAAGGAGCUCUUUGAACGGGGACCUUCCAAUGCCUUUUUUCUUGUGAAAUUCUGGGCAGACCUCAACACCAACAUCGAGGAUGAAGGCAGCUCCUUCUACGGAGUCUCCAGCCAAUAUGAGAGUCCGGAGAACAUGAUAAUCACUUGCUCCACCAAGGUCUGCUCCUUUGGCAAGCAGGUGGUAGAGAAAGUGGAGACCGAGUAUGCCCGCUAUGAGAAUGGCCACUACUCAUACCGCAUUCAUCGGUCCCCACUCUGCGAGUACAUGAUCAAUUUCAUCCAUAAGCUGAAGCACCUGCCCGAGAAAUACAUGAUGAACAGCGUGCUGGAGAACUUCACCAUCCUGCAGGUGGUCACCAACAGAGACACGCAGGAGACCUUGCUGUGCGUUGCUUAUGUCUUUGAGGUGUCAGCCAGCGAGCACGGGGCUCAGCACCAUAUCUACCGGCUGGUGAAAGAAUAAGAGACUCAGGGAGCAGGGAGGGGGGAAGUGACAUCGUGUGUGCAGGGACAUGGGGAGGGGAUCUGUGGGGGCGGCCCCUGAAGUGCCAGGAGAGCUGAGAGGUCAUGACUCUUCCUAUCCAGGAACAAACUGUGCCUGAACCUGCAAUGCCCAAUCCCAAAUAAACCCAAGAUGGUGUGUA